GGUUGCACUUGAACAUUGCGGUCUCUUUUGUAUGUUAUUUUGUAUUUGUCUAUUAUUUUUUACUUCUUUGUAUUUUGUUUUAUUUUAGUUGUCAUUAUACUUUUACUUAUGUCAGCCGCUCGUUUCGUUCUCCCAAUUUUUCCCUAUUUUUAUUACUAGCUGUCGAAGGCUUAAUCACACCGCUCUCAUUUUUUGGUCCUUCGAGCGGUCUUUCAUUUUUUGGUCCUCACCGGGAAUAUGAACACGCGAUCGCGUAAUAAGCGGCUGGCAUCGCCGGCUAAAAGUCUAGUGGGACGCACGGAGACAUGUGCGCCUGCUGUGGGUGGGCUCGGUCGGUCCGCAAGUCAGGACCCCCUUAAGACCGAUGCCACCGAAACACCCAUAGCACCAGGUGUGUCGCGCACGUGUCCCGUCUCCACGACCGGCGCUGCGGUGAAGUAUGAUGAUACUACUAGUUGCAGGUCUCACAAAGCGAGCUCGUCCCGUUCGUCGGCGACCAUAAGAGCUCGGAGGCUGUCUGCGGAGGCCGAGUUGGCCCGCAGAAAUUUGGAGCGCGACCAGGAAAUGCUCGAAAAGAGAAUGUAGCGCGUUUGCAGAAUGCGCUCCGCGGCCCGGCGCGCGAGGCCGUAGCGUCGCUGCUUCAUACAGCAGCAGCCCCCGAAGAGAUCAUGCACGCCCUCGAGAGGUCA